AUGAAUUUUACUGAUUUUGAACAAUAUUUUUAUCGUGAUCCAAUAGUUGAAUCGAUUACAACAGGUGGAAAUUUUCAAUUACUUGAUAUAACCGAUGACGAGAAAAAACAAACAGAAGAAUUUAUUCAUAAAAAUGGUGUUAAUGGCUUAGAUAAUUAUCUUUCUCAGCGAUUGAAUGCAUGGAAACAACAUCCAUUAGAUAUUGCAGUUGUUGGUUCAAGUGGUGUUGGUAAAUCGACGUUUAUUAAUUGUCUUCGUGGCGUUGAAGCUGAAGCUGAAGGUGCUGCAGAUGUAGGUGUUGUAGAAACAACCAAUGAACCAACUCCAUAUGAACAUCCAGAUUUUUCAAAUUUGAAAAUAUGGGAUUUACCAGGUGUUGGAACACCAAAUUAUCUUCAUGCAUCAUAUUUAGAAAAAGUUCAGUUCCAACGUUAUGACUUUUUUCUGAUACUUUGUCGAACGCGUUUUACUGAAAAUGAUCUAUGGCUUGCAUCAGAAGUUAAAAAGAAUAAUAAAAGAUUUUUAUUUAUUCGCACCAAUGUUGAUACUGAUUUAUACAAUGAAUACGAAGAUCAUCCAAGUACAUUUAAUGAAGACGAAGUUCUAGAACGUAUACGAAAUAAUUGCCUUGAAUAUAUUCGUACUGUUGAUUCCGAUGCUGAAGUAUUUCUUAUAUCUGGCCAUUUAAAAUAUCGUGUGCGUUUUGAUUUUGGAAAAUUAAAUGAAACAUUACUACGCGAUUAUCCAUCAUUGAAACGUGAAUCCAUGAUAUUGUCAAUGUCAGUUAUGUGUAAAGAAGUUCUAGUAUCGAAAGUUGCUGCGCUUCAUCGUCGCAUAUGGUUUGUUGCAGGAGCAUCAGCAGCUGUUGCUGCCAUACCAGUGCCGUUUCUUUCACUUGGUUUUGAUGCAACAUUAGUCAUGAGUGAAGCUGAAUUUUAUAGAAAACAACUUGGAUUAGAUCAAUCUAAUUUACAGAAACUAUCAAAUGUCUAUCAAAUACCGAUGGACAAAAUCGAAAAAGAAUUAAAUGAAAUAUUUCCAUUACAACAUUUAAAUGCUUUGAGAGCAUUUGUUUUAGAGUUUGCAAAAAAACAAGCAGUUGGAACAACAACUGAAGAAUUUGCUCGAUUUGUACCAUAUGUUGGCACGGCCAUUGCAUCUACAUUAUCUUUCGGAGUUUGUUACAUAGUUUUGUAUAAGAUUUUACUCCGAAUGGAAAGAGCAUCAUUGAAGAUUGUCGAUGUUGUUAUUCAUGCUUCGAAUCGAAUGAUUCGAGAAGAACAGCAAAGACAACAGUUAAUCUAA